AUGUCACUCUCAGACCAGGUUGAGGAGGCGAAGAAGGCCCUGAGGAAGACGAGGAAGAGGAAGAGAGCCCCUCCCCCAUCAGAGGAGGAGGAGUUAGAGUUUGCAGAGGAGCCAGCUGACCUUAGUGUUGCUCAGGAGGAAGGUCCAGCUGAGUUGGACGACAGCCGAAGCAGCCUUGUCACUCAUGUGUCAGGGGAGCAUGAGUUUGAUGGCAGCAGAGAGCAGAGAGAGGUCCUGACCCCAGACGAGCCCAAAGCCAAAACUCCGAAGAGGAGGAAGAAGCCGCCGUGCGUGAGCACUGGCACGCCACGAGAGCAGGCCUCAGCCUCCGCCUCCGCCGCGUCCGCCUCAGAGAACAGCGACGGCCCCAGUCUUCCCCAGAUCCUCAGGAUGGCUGAAAGUGCCCUCCAGCAGAUUGAGCGCCUCGCCGACGACUUCACGGCCAGCGGGCGUGUCCCUGACGAGCCCCUGACCAGCAUGCACCAGGAGGACCUCGGCUCGGACACGGACAGCGCCACAGAGGACGAGCUCGUGGUCAGAUCUCGGAGCGGAGGUGGGGACGCAGUGUCCACCACGGCGUCGCGUAGCCAGCGGAGGUCGCAGUCCGAGGGGCAACUCUCCCCUGGCACCCCCGGGUCCCCCCCCGGGUCCCCCCCCGCCGGCCCCUCCACUGCCCCCUCCACCGGGGGCAAGAGCGCCAAGAAGGCAGCAGCGACCACAAAGAAGAUCAGUGGAGUUCUGGGAAGCGUGUGCAACCUGGUGAACUUCCAGGCGUGGCGGACGUCGCUGAGUGGGAAUGACGGGCGGCUGCUGGGUGACCUGGCGCUGGUGGAGCUGGACGCACUGCUGGGCUCCUACCUGCGCUACCUGUGGGAGGGCGGCAACCGCCACCUCACACACGCCCUCAUGGUGCUCCAGGCGCGCAGCAUCGACCGCUACAUCAAGUCGCAGGGCUGCUUCCACUGCUUGCUGCGCUCCCCUGAGUUGCCGGCGGCGGCCCAGCUGCUGGCGGAGUACCUGCGGGCGCUGCGUGAGCGCGAGACGGACGGCUACGGGGCGCUGAUCUGCGGCGCCAGCGCGGCCGAGGAGGAGGAGCUACGGCGUGCGGGCGUGCUGGGCCGCGGCUCACCUGCCGCGCUGCUGCACCUGGUGCUCUACAACAACAUCCGCGCCUACGGCCCCGCGCACCUGUACCGCAUGUGGCCCGCGCCCGCCGGCAAGUUCCGCUUCAUGCGCGUGGUGCCCGCACAGGUGGGCGCACGCCCCGAGCUGGACUGCCUGGAGUGGACCGACCCCGCCGACCCCGAGCAGACGCCGCUGCGGAUGCUGGGCACGCCCUCCGACCCCUCGCGCUGCCCCCUGGAGGACUUCCGUCUGUACUGCACCAAGCACGCGGGCGGCUUCCUGAGCUACAGCGACCCGGUCUACUCCAACGUGCGGCCCACACGCGGCGCCGACCCGGCCAGCGGCGACUGGUACCUCCGCACGCCCAUCAGCAAGCAGCGCAUGGCCAAGCUCCUCGCCGCGCUGGCACAGAGGAUCCAGAGCGCCCGCGCCACACUGGGGGCCCUGCCGCCCGUCUAGCCAGAGCGCCCGCGCCAUGCCAGGCUGUGAUGCCCGCUUAACGCCGCCGUCUGGGCCCACUCAUUUAGUGUGUAAUUAUGUUGGAUGCAGUGCAACAGGGUACCAUAUAUGAUAAUACAUACAGUUACGCAAUACAGGAGAAAUAUGUGAAGAAGGAUAUGUUUUAUGUGUAAGAUGUUUAUAAUUAAA